GUAGCCAUCACUGUGAAGCCCAGCUCAAGGCCAGAGGCCUUAUUUACAUAUUUUGUGAAAAACUAGUAAGGGAGUGUCUAGCUUUUGGAGCACUGAUUUUUCCAGCCAGUGGCCAAGUAAAACAGGGCAACACGAAAAAAGGAAGUUUAUCUACACUGAACUCUUUUAUAGGGAUUCUUUUGCUGAAAGUCCUAAAAUCAGCCAUGGUGAAGAUUUCUGGAGAAGCAAAGGAGGAAAUAAAUAAAAAAUACAAUUCUAAUCUUGGCCAUGGAAGAACCUAAUGCAGUUUCUGAAUAGGAAAUAUAUAAUUUACAAAAUUUUAUAGCAGCAAUUCAGUGUUCUCAGAAAGAGCCACUCUAAACCAAGGAAGAAUUGUUUGGGAAUGACAUAAAGUGGAAAUAAAGAAAAGCAGAAGGCUCUUUUUUCUCCAGAGUUUGAAAGGAGCUGGUCGGGAAUUAGAAAAUGAAGCAACUACAGCAUUUUUGAAUAAUACAUGCCGUAAUAUUGUUCAGAUUUAUUUCUUCUGAUGUUUACUAAUGAUAAAAUGAGGUUGAACUUUUUGAGAAAACAAACUGAAGUUAUAUGUCUUUAAUGAUCAUAAUAGGAGAAAUGUCAGGUGAAAAAUCAUGGACAAUAAGAAUUCAUACUUAUAUAACUUUAAAGGCCACUAUUUACAACGUCAGUUUGCUAAAAUUGAAAUGCUGGAAGCUAUAGAAGAUUUUGAAAUUAGAGAUGAUGAUGUCUUCAUAAUAACAUAUCCAAAAUCUGGAACCUUCUGGACUCAGCAGAUUCUAUCCUUGAUUUAUUUUGAGGGACAUCGUAACAGAACUGAAAACAUCACAACAGCCCUUAGAGCUCCCUUCGUUGAAUACAAUAAUCACAAUGUGGACCAUAGCAAAAGACCAUCUCCUCGCUUCUUCACUUCCCAUCUACAGUAUAAUUUAGUACCCAAAGGUCUGAAGAAUCAAAAAGCUAAAGUUCUUUAUGUCUACAGAAAUCCUAAAGAUAUUUUGGUCUCUUUUUUUUAUUUUACAAAUUGGCUAGCUAUAUUAAAACCUUCAGAUACACUUGACCAUUUCAUGGAAAAGUUUCUAGAUGGAAAAGUGGAAGCAAACUGUUGGUUUGAUCAUAUAAGAGGCUGGUAUGAACGCAGAAAUGACUUCAAUAUUAUGUUCAUGUGCUAUGAAGAUAUGAAGAAGGACCUCAGAAGUUCAGUGCUUAAAAUCUGCAAGUUUCUUGCAAAAUCACUGAGUGAAGAAGAUUUGGAUUCUGUUGUGAGACAGGCUGAAUUUCAAAACAUGAAGUGUGAUCCACUAGCAAAUUAUAAAAAUAUUGUAAAAUAUAAAGUUGGAAUUAGAAAUGAUGAGGGAAAUUUCCUGCGCAAAGGUACCAUUGGAGAUUGGAAACAUCAUUUGACUGUGGCACAGAAUGAAAGAUUUGAUAGAAUAUUCAAGAGGAACAUGAGAGAUUUUCCACUGAAGUUCAUCUGGGAUAUAAAUGAGGAGUAGAAUUGUAACCAAGUAUAAAAUAAUUAUAUAAAAAUGUAUUAAUCAGAGAGUGAAAUUUAACUUAUACACUAACUUUCUACCUAUCAUUUAAUUAUUAAUUCUAAAGUUAUUGAAUAGAAUGAGUAAACUAUGCUUAGAUUAGUUGCCAUUAAUUUGAUGAAUGCUUUGACAUAUCAAAGCUUAAAUUGAUUUGGGAGGUAGACUACCUGGAUCCCUGCUUGAACACAGGAAAAUAGAAAGCUUAAAACGUGACUUGUUUCUGAAAGUCUUCAGGGAGUAUUUGAUAGUGUGUAUUUUGUCUUUAUCUAUAAUGAAGUUAAGGAUCAACUAAACAUUAACAAGUCUAUCUCCCACCCACAUCCCACGUGGGCAGUAGAAAUGGAAUGGGCUGGCUCUGGAAUAAAGGCUAAGGAAAAUAGAUUGAUGAAAAAGAAAACACAGAACACAGGAAAUAUUUUUUAAAGAGGAAGGACAGGAUGGGCUAACCCAUCAUACCCUUCAAGCUUCCACACUAAAAAGAGCAAAAUGGAACUCUUGAUUGCUUUAUUUAUAUUGGGGAACUUCAAAGGCUUUCCAUGGAAUGUUCUUUGCUGAAAAAAGUACAAGAUGGGCUAUACAGUUUCUAAUGGAUUAUGCUCAUUUGCAGAGCUACUGAGGGAUCUUCCUAGUAGACUGGAGAUAAAGAUCAUGUGCCUUGGGCAAUCUAUAGGUUGGAGGAGUCACAGAUAGUUCCCAAGGAAAAACUGAAAUCUCCCUGGCUUUCAUACCGAGUGAAGACCUGCAAGUAAUACAUGGGUGGCUUCCUGCAUCUAUUGUUCUUGCAAUUAAGCUUCAAUUCUUUGGUUUCAAAAGUUUUGUGGGGUCUAGGGUUGUGGUUCAGUGGUAGAGCACUUGUCUCAAAUAUGUGAGGCACUAGAUUUGAUCCCCAGCACCCCAUACAAAUAAAUAAAGGUAUUGUGUCCACAUACAUCUAAAAAUAUUUGUUUUUUUUUAAAAAAAAAUUUGUGAAUAUUGAAAUGUAAUAGUAAGCAGAAUAUUUGAAGAAGUCAUGCUGCAAUCCAUGCAGCAACAACAAAGGUUCUCAAGUAAGGGCAAUGGGAGACAAAGAAAAACACAAAGACUUUUUUAAACAAAGCUGGGGCCAGGUGGGACACUGCCCUCUGAUGCAGGAACUAGCUCAGAACUAGCUCAGCAUGUUUAUUUUAUCAGGUCUCAUUAUCAGGAAGUUAAACCACAGAAGUUCUGUAAUUGUUCAAGGCUUUUGAGUUAUUAAAUGGCUUCUGUGUGCACUAAAACAUUACAGAGCUAGAAACAUUUUUGUAACUAUCCUGCUGUACCCAGAAUACUUAUUUCACUGGAACAUCUGAUAACUAUUAGUGUCAGAGCAAGAUAUCAAAGCCGUGCACAUCCUUGCCUUUUAGCAAGGAGUGUUUCCCAGGUCUGACUUUUGCCACAGGAACAGCCAAUAACCAGGGCUCAUCCACUCCUCAAAGUGGACUAGUUAUUUACUGGUUCAGCCAUUAUGUAUUUGUAUGAAAACAAAGGUUAUAACCAUAGUGUGUCAUUCAUUAAAUCUAUGCAACAUAAAAUUUAAUAAAUAUUUAAGAUAAAAUUACUUUAAAUACCUAGAAAACUACUGGUGAGUAUGUUCAUAAUUCUCAAAAUGAGAAAAACAUAAAGCAUAAAAGCAGUAAAAGAAACCAAAAAGGAAAAGAUUAAUGAAUUUAAAAUCAUAAACAUUUAAGAGUAGCACCAUUCAUAACGGACACCAAAUGGGAACAAACUAUAUUACUCUGCUGCGCUCCUCCCCUGACUCAGGCAAUGACAAGGCCCUACUGAGGUGGAUGGCGCAAGGCGUCCAUCCUCUGGAGGAGCGCAGUAUGUUUCUCGGAAUGGCUGGUAUGUUUUUGUAUUCCUUUAAUAAGUAUAGUUGAGACUUCUCAUAUGACCAUUAAGUAUGAAGGAAAAAACAUGACUUUCCCAAUUAAUGCAACUACUUCUAAAGAAUAAAUCUGUUUGCUCUAAAUGCAAAGAUUCAUCUGUGGAACGUAAAUUGUUAAUGUUUAAUGAAAAAACCCCUGUAGGAAAAACAGUCAAGGAAGUUUUUGAGAAAUUAAAUUAAAAUCUAGAGAAGAAGACUUAAUGUUAAGAAGACAGAUUAGCGCUUAGUACUGGGCAACUUGUUCUUGUUCCUGUGCACAAUGGUUUGUGCUCUUGCUCUUGUUUGAUUAAAAUUAGUAGCCUCUCUUUUCAAGUUAACCACUUGCUAUAACCAUGGUGCCAAUUCUAGUCAGUAAGUCAAGAAAGAAUAGUCAAGGUAUAGGCCAAUAGUCUGGGACAUUCCUAUUAUUAAAAGCUAACUAAGCAGAAACAGCUCAAAGCAAACCGAGAAUUGAAAGUAAAAAUGCUUGCUUAUGCCUAAGCCAAGAUACAUUCUUUUUAUCUAAUUGUAGCUACGUAAUAUUUUGUUUCUUUGAAUAAUAAUUCCUGUUUUGUAACCACAAAGUACUGUGAGCCUGCCAAAAUGAAAAGUAUAUAUGAUUAACUUCAUAAGUAAAGAUUGGGACUCAGCACCUCCA